GGUUUGGUUGAGGGAGCAGUGCUGCAGCCCCGGAGUUGCCGGGCUCCUGAGGGGGUAGGUUCGCCGACCCUGGAAUUCGCUCCCAGCAUUCGCACCGGGUCCAGGGAACCUCCCGGGGAAUUCGAUGCAUCGGACCCCAAGGAUCUUGGGGGCUGCCUUCCGCGUGAAGAGACUGCGCUGCCACCUGCUGGCCAUGGACGGCGUGGGGAGUGACGGCCGCGCCUCCGAGGAACAGGCCAAGCUGACCGUCACGGCAGGAAUCAUCGUCAUUGGCGACGAGCUCUUGAAGGGCCACACGCAGGACACCAACUCCUACUUCAUGUGCCGGAAGCUGCGCUCGCUGGGGGUCAAGGUGGAGAAGGUGUCGGUCAUCCCGGACGAGGUGCGGUGCAUCGCCGAGGAGGUGGCGGCCUUCGCCGGCCGCUACCACUACGUGCUGACCUCGGGGGGCAUUGGGCCCACCCACGACGACGUGACCUUCGAGGGGGUGGCCCAGGCCUUCGGCGAGUGCACCUUCUGCCACCCCGAGCUGGCGGGGCUGGUCACCCGCUUCUUCGGCAAGACCAAGGCGGCCGGCCCGGCCAUGAAGCUGGCCCGGGUGCCCCGCUCCGCCCGCCUCAACUACGGGCAGGACCGGCUGACCGGCGACUGCCUCAAGUACCCGCUGGUCAGCGUCCGCAACGUCUACGUCUUCCCCGGCGUCCCCGCCCUCCUGGAGCGGGCGCUCGACGGCUUGGGGCACCUCUUCUACAACGCGCGGCUGCGCUACUCGACCCGGGAGGUCUUCGUCGACGCGGAGGAGACGGCCAUCACGCCGGUGCUGGACGAGGCCCACCGCCGGUUCGGCCGCCAGCUCAGCCUGGGCUCCUACCCCGACUGGACAAACAACUACUACCGGGUCAAGCUGACCCUCGACUCGGACCGCGAGGGCCCGCUGGAGGAGGCCCUGCGCUUCCUGCUGGAGCGUCUCCCCCCCGGGGCCGUCGUCCCCCUGGAGAAGGAUCCUGUGGCUGUCUCCGCACGUGACGUGUACAGGCUGGCUCACUCCGAAUCUCGGCUUGGCCAGGAGGUGGCAGCAGCUCUGCGGACAGUGGAGGAAGCCCUGGCCCAAUACAGCCUGUCUGAGAUCUGCGUGGGAUUCAACGGUGGCAAAGAUUGUACAGCCCUGGUCCACCUCUUCCAUGCAGCAGUGAGCAGGAUGUACCCGGAUCACAAGAAUCACCUGCAGGCUCUGUAUGUCCGGAUUGUCUCACCUUUCCCAGAAAUGGAGCAGUUUAUUCAGGACACCUGUAAGAGGUACCAGCUCCAGAUAUACACUGUGUGCGGCAACAUCAAGGAGGCACUGACAGACCUGAAGACGCAGCAGCCUCACAUCAAGGCUGUCCUGAUGGGUACCAGGCGGACUGACCCCUACUCCCGUACUCUGAAGCCCAUGUGCAUGACCGACCCCGGAUGGCCAGAGUACAUGCGGGUCAAUCCCCUGCUGGACUGGAGUUACCACGAUAUCUGGGAGUUUUUACGUACGCUCUACAUCCCAUAUUGCAUCCUCUACGACAAGGGCUACACCUCCCUAGGGAGCAUGGAUAACACCUCCAAGAACCCCAACCUGUGCUACCUCAACCACCUGGGUAUGGAACGGUACCAGCCUGCCUAUCAACUGGAAAAGGAGGAGGACGAGAGGACUUCCAGAAAGUAAUUGACACCAACCACCUCACCCACCCCAACCCCCUCCUCCCGACAAAGUCCACAUCCCGCCGGGUUGCCUAACACCUUCCUUUGUUCGACUCCGCUGUAAAGCAGAGACCAGCGUUAAUGGGACAGCCUACCAGGCGAGGGAUGGGGUGAGGUUAAAGAAAGUCCCAGCCCGCAACAGUUUUUGGCACACGGCGAAUGCUCAACGAUAGGACCCUCAGCCCCCUUGGGAGUGUAGAAACAGGAGGAGGUGAUUCAGCCCCUUUGGCCUGUUCCGCCCGUUCAGCCAGAUCCUGGCUGUUCUGCACUUUAACUCCCGUUUACCUGCCUUGGUUCCUUAACCCAACGCAAAUCGAUCCGUCUCGGUUGUGAAAUUUCCAAUUGACCCAUAGCCUCGAUAUUUAUUUUUGUGUUGGGAGGGGGGAGAGAGUUCCAGAUUCCCGCUCCUCUGUGUCUGUGUGUGUGUCUGUAUGUCUGUCUGUGUGUGUGUCUGUCUGUGUGUGUGUCUGUCUGUGUGUGUGUCUGUC